UCUUUAGAUUGUCGGAGUCAUUCGCCGGUCAAUAGCAGCUAGAUUCGAAGUUUUAACGUUUUGUAAACCGUUUUUGUGGAAAUAUGUUGACUCACCCUCGCCAGCACGGUAUAAUUUUCUGUCAUCAAUCAAUGGUGCUGUGGCUGGUGUUUUAGUAAAUUAAAAUUACCAACAUUUUGCAUGCACUCUUCGCCUGGUAAAGCUCGGGUAGUAUUUAACGAACCCCGGGCUCUACACACGCUGCAUUUGAGUACGAGACCGGUGCGACACAGACCGUCAUGCACCGAUGGUCGAUCCUGCUGCUUGCCGCCGGACUGCUGCGCGAGUGCCGCCCGGACGACAGCGUCGGCGGCAUCAAGCGGCUGGUCGUGCGCGAAACGGUCGGCAACCACUUCUCGGAGGUAAUCGUGAACGCGCUCACCCGGUACUACGUGCAGAACCACUCCUCCACGCAGGUGAUGCGGCUGUCCACCGUGAGCGACGGCACGCACGACCUGCAGUCCGACAUUAUGGACGAGGUGAUGCAGCGGACGUCGCGCAGCAUCGCGUACGAGUUCCGGUCGGCGUUGGGCCCGUCGCGGCGGCCCCGCAUCUUCAACAUCGCCUUCAUCGACGGGUACGGUGCGUUCGAGCAGCUGUUCCGGUCGCUCGAUCCGGCCGAGAACGACUUCGCCGGCUACUAUCUGAUCGUGCUGACGGCGUACGGGCGCCGCAUCGCGUCCGAUACGCUCGCGCGCAUCUUCGCCCUGCUGUGGACGAUGAACGUGAUCAAUGUGAACAUCGUGUCGGCCGACCUGGAGGACCAGAGCCGGUGGCAGAGCGUGCUGAUGCACACCUACUACCCGUACCGGGCGGGCGGCAACUGCGAGCGGAUCGUGCCCCAUCUGCUGCACCGGUUCCGCAAGGGCCAGCGGUUGGACCGGUCGGUCGAGCUGUUCCCGAGCAAGCUGUCCAAUCUGCACGGGUGCCCGGUGACGGUCGGGACGUUCCAUCUGCCGCCGUACAUGCUGCUGACACCGGCCGGCAGCUACGGCGGGCUCGAGGGGGAUCUGCUGCGUGCGCUUAGCCGGAAGCUGAACUUUACCGUGCGGCUGGUGGUGCCGGAUGACGGCGAGCUGUGGGGACGGACGCCACCACCGUCGGUGGAUGGUGCUGGCGCGAACCGUACCGGAGGUGGUACGUCCUCGGCUUCCGGCUGCGUGCGGCUGGUGCUGACCGAGCGGGUCAAUCUCACGCUCGGUCGGUUCGCCAUCCGGGGCGAUCGGAAUCUCGUGAUGAAGAGCAGCCGCAGCUACUACACGGUGCGGAUGGUGUUUGCUGUGCCGGCUGGGCGGGAGUACACCCCGUUCGAGAAGCUGUUCCGCCCGUUCAGCCGGUCCGUCUGGGUGCUGGUGACGCUCUCUCUGCUGGCCGGAAUGGUCGUGAUCGGCACCGUGCAGCUGCUGCACCGGCCGGCCGUGCGCGAUUUUGUGUACGGGCGCGGUGUGUCCACGCCGGUGCUCAAUCUGCUCAGCGUACUGUUUGGCGGCGCGGUGGUCCAGCUGCCGAUGCGCAACUUCGCCCGCACGCUGCUCUUCCUGUGGAUGUACUACUGUCUGGUGGUGCGCACCUGCUACCAGGGCUCGCUGUACGAGUAUUUGCAGGAGCGCAAAAACUUCACCCCGCUGCAGACGGUCGAUGCGCUGGUGCGGAACGACUAUCGCUUUUACUCGCUGCACGGCACCUCGCUCUAUCUGGAACAGAUGCCUCAGAUACUGUCGCGGUUGGUAGCUCCUACGCAGAGUGAGAAUAGGGAAAGACGCAUCACCUGGCUGCCGGACGAUGACGCGUCGGUCGAUCGGUUACUGACCGAGCUAGCCACUCGGCAGGCUCGCACCGGCGCACUCUUUAUCGACAUGGAGCGCGUAGCCUACCACAACCGGUUUUACGUGCGCGGCGGACUCGUGCACAUCGCAAACGUGGUGCUGGUGCGACUGCCCAUCGGUAUCUACUACCCGAAGAAAUCCUGCCUCGCCAAUCGGUUCGACCACGAGCUGGACCGCCUGCGGACGUCCGGCUACGUCAGCUACCGGCUCGGGCACUACCUGAACUACGACGCUUUCAAGGGACCGGCCGACUACCAGCCCCUUCCGACGCCGCUUACCUCCGACCAGCUGGUCGGGUGCUACGAGACACUGUUUGGUUUGCUGCUGGUCGCCACCGGGCUGCUGCUGCUCGAGCUCGCCUCCCGCUGGUUCGUGUCGCUGCGGCAGCUGCUUACCUUUCUGCAGGCGGAGUAG